CCUCCACAGGUCUAUGCCGGAAGUGUCUCUCCGCCCCUGCUACUGGACCAUGGAGACCGUGGCCCAGUAGAUACCUUAGUGUGAGGUUUGCAGGGGCGGCGGCCAUGGAGGCCGUGCUGAACGAGCUAGUGUCUGUGGAGGACCUGAAGAACUUUGAAAGGAAAUUUCAGUCUGAGCAGGCAGCUGGCUCAGUGUCCAAGAGCACGCAGUUUGAAUAUGCCUGGUGCCUGGUGCGCAGCAAAUACAAUGAGGACAUCCGCAGAGGCAUCAUGCUGCUGGAGGAGCUGUUGCCCAAAGGAAGCAAGGAGGAGCAGCGGGACUACGUCUUCUACCUGGCCGUGGGCAACUACCGGCUCAAGGAGUAUGAAAAGGCUCUAAAGUACGUGCGAGGACUGUUGCAGACCGAGCCCCAGAACAACCAGGCCAGGGAGCUGGAACGCCUGAUUGACAAGGCCAUGAAGAAAGAUGGACUGGUAGGCAUGGCCAUCGUUGGUGGCAUGGCCCUGGGUGUGGCGGGCCUGGCUGGACUCAUUGGACUGGCUGUCUCCAAGUCCAAAUCCUGAAGGCAGCCUCACCUGCUCUCUGUCCCUGGGAGCCGGUCCAUCCUCCCCAUCGCCUUCCCUCCUCUCCCGGACCCCUGUCGUCCACCUCUACAGUGCCCAUGACCCCUAGUCCCCACCCCCUGUACCUGUCGUUUAACCCUGUCAUGCUUUGCAAUGAGUGUAAAUAAAAUUGGGCCGCGGCUUGGGAA